GAGAGACAUUGAGAGAGAGAGAUGAGGGAGAUGGAGAGAGAGGGAGUGAUGGGCUGGGAGAGAGGACCAUCUGGAGGCAGUGGAGUAUUGUAUGAAGCCCUCUGCCUGCCGGGCCGUGCUGUGGCGGUUGAUUUGCUGCAGUCUUUGUGUUUUACAGCUCGGCAGAUGGAGCAGCCUCUCUAAUGGAGGCUGAGGUCGUGUGUUUCAUAAAUAUCUCCUCUAUUGGCUUCCGUUGAGGCGAGGAGGCCGUGAACUGCGACCGCGCCACUGCCCAUCUGAGUAUCACAGUUGGGGGCCUUUUAUUUGCUUUAAAGGGAGUUGGGUGUCUAUAAAGGAGUCAGGACCCUGUUCUACCUGCGAGAGAGGAGGCUCUGAAGUAGCAGUUACCAGCAGUUUAGCCCUCAGCCAAGCGGUGGGUCUGGGUUCGGCUCCGUGUCUCCGUGUCGUUGUCUUAGUGUUCAGCGCCGCCGGUAUCCAGAAGAGAUCUCUCAAACAACAUUACCAUAAAAGGACUAGGAUGUACGAUGAUUCGAUGAAGGUUUAAAACAUGAUGUAAUGCGAUGCAAGUCAGGAGAGAUGAUGCAACGUGAGAUGAUGAAACAAUAGUCCUCCUAGCAGCGUCUUCUCCUCGCUAUCUGUGUUGUUUAAGGGGAACGGGUUAACCUAGUGAUGGUUAGUGCUUGGUACCUGGUUCUAUGAACGCCCUUACUGUACCCACAGAUAUAUUGUUCUUUCUCUUUCUUCUGACAAAUGUACUUAUUGUAAGUCGCUCCGGAUAAAAACACGUCUGCUAAACGCCCUAAACGUAAAUGUUAAUCUGAUACCAUAGCACAACUUCUAGGACUGCUCUGAUUCAAUGAAGGUUUAAAACAUGGUGUUAUGCCUGGUAAGUCAUGAGAGUUGAUGUCAUGUGACGGUGAUGUCAUGUGACCCCCCCCCCAGCGACCAAGCUGGGCCCGGAGGCGUUCCGCUUCGACAGCGGCGCCGAGGCCAUGGCCACGCGGCUCAGCGACCGCUACUACAUCCUGCGCCCCGAGGUGGUGGAGAGCUACAUGUACAUGUGGCGCCUGACCCACGACCCCAAGUACCGGCAGUGGGGCUGGGAGGCCGUGGAGGCUCUGGAGCAGCACUGUAGGGUGGAGUCAGGCUUCUCAGGGAUCCGAGACGUCUACACCACCACCGUGGGCCACGACAACAUGCAGCAGAGCUUCUUCCUGUCCGAGACGCUCAAGUAUCUGUACCUGCUGUUCUCAGACGACGACCUCCUCUCAUUGGACGACUGGGUGUUCAACACGGAGGCCCACCCCCUGCCGGUGGUCCGCAGCGGCUGCUUAUUGGACGACGCAGAACAGCACAAGACCGCCACCUCGUAAGACCCCCACGCCCCCCCACGCCCCCCCCCUCCAGCCCGGAGCGGGUUGCCCCGGGUAACGAAGGUUGAGAUCAGAGGGCCCCCCCCCCACCCUCUUCCCCGGCGGAGGACCUCGUUGCUUCACGCUGUGAUUGUAUAUUCUCGCGCCGGGACUACUUUCUGCAGGCACUAUUUUUUUGUGGACAAUCAAAUAGAGCACUUUCCCCUUCCUUCUUUCCUCUGUGAGGAAAACCCCAGAGUAAGACUUCAGGCCCGCGGCGAGGGACGAGGAGGAGGGGUCGGGAGUGUGUCCGUCACCGUCAUGUCGUCAUGAGAGUGAAAGAUAUAGAAAAAGAAGAAGAAGAACUCUUUAAUUUUUGCUUUCUAGUUUCCUGGUCUCCCCGCCCAGUGAUUGGACGGUCUCGCCUCCCCCCUGGUUUCUGUUUCUUGUUCUUCUUUUGUGCGUUCUCUUGUUUGGACCAAAGGUUUGUUUUGUACUUUCCUUCUUUCUUUUGUUUCCGAGUGAUGUGAUGUAGUGAGCUGUGAUUGGACGAGAGAUGGCCGACCCACGCAGUGAAAGAUGCACUAGUGAUGGAUGUUAAUGUACAGACAGAUGUAUAAUGUGAAUCUCGCACGCCCCACUAAACCGAUGUUGAUGUCACGUUUCUGGUUGAAGCUUGCUGAGGAGGCUCAGUCCGGCCAGUCUUAUGCAUCCAGGGACCAUUUUCUACGGCGCUUUGAUUCUCUCAGUUGAUUUUGGGUUGUUUUGCUUUUAACAGCAUGUUGUGUGUGUUAUAUCUUUGAACAGGGCAGCACUCUCUCUCUCUCUCCCCCCCAAAGCAUUCAACCCUGAGUACAGACGGCUGUCUGUAGCGCACCGUAACACGCUUUGAGAAACGCUGGCUUUAAAAAAAACAGAGGGACCAAUGUCAUGACUGCUGUCAUGACGACCUCAACGGCGGCCAAUCAGCUCUGAGAUUGGCUCUGACCACAUCCUGUAGUUCUGGUGGUCCAAGCGAGGACAGCCCUGUUUAAACGUAUCUACACCCUAUUUGUUGUUUUCUAUUCUCAGUGUUUCUUUUCUUUCUUUAAUGGGUUACUACGUGUAGUUUCUAACUUGAGUGAUGCUUUUCUCUCUGUUUCCUGCCCUCAGGUGUUUCUGUAUAGAAUUAUAAAACAGUCCUAAUUUUAAGUCUAGUUAUUGCUGAUAUUCAUUAUUGCUAUUAGUUAUUCUUACCCGUCUAAUUUGAUUCUUCUUUCAAUGUUGGAUAUUUUCAAAUACUGAUAUAAAAGAACUGUGCAACUUUGUACAUUUAAACCAA